AUGGAGAGAUGUGGAAGAAGCUCCAGAGACAACAGCAACAAGGUUAGGGAGCCAUGGAGUUAUAGCCAAGUGGGAAAGGGGGACACUCUUUGCAGUGGCUUGAUAGGAGGGUUCUCAUGGCCUCCAAGGUCAUAUACUUGCAGCUUUUGCAAGAGGGAAUUUAGGUCAGCUCAGGCUCUUGGGGGUCACAUGAAUGUCCAUAGAAGGGACAGAGCUAGGUUGAGGCAGUCUCCACCAUGGGAUCUCCCACUUUCUAACCAUAACCCUAACCCUAAUCCGAGUGGUACCUUCAUCCCUAACCUUAAUGUUUCACCACCUUCUAUUGCUAGUCAUGAUACUAAGCUUUCUCCAAGGACUUAUAGAUUCCCCUCCCUUCUCUCUCCUCUCACUCACUUCUCUUCCACAUCAUCUUCGGCCUCCUCGGCUGAACUGUUCUGCUCGAGAGGUGGAGACUUGAAGGGCAUGGAGACAGUGAAGACCUUUUUUGGGGUUGAAGAGUUCAGAGAUCUUGUGGAGGAAGGCACGGCUAAUGUGGUAAGAAAGGAAAGGGAGCUUGUGAGAUUGGACUUGGAGAUUGGAACUUGUGGUGAUUCAGAGGAAGAUGUUUUGGAUUUAGAGCUUCGACUUGGAUACACUUAA